CCUUCCAGACGAACUCGCCUCGCUUCUCGUCUCCCGUCCCCUCCGCUUUCCACCCGCGGCCGCCGCCGCCGCCGCUCACCUUGCCGUGCCCGGGCCCUUGCCCAGCAUGUGGGGUAGCACCGACGGUGGAACGCCGGAGGUCACCCUCGAGACCUCCAUGGGCGCCGUCACUGUUGAGAUGUACUACAAGCACGCGCCCAAGACUUGCCGGAACUUCGUCGAGCUCGCGCGUCGCGGCUACUACGACAACGUCAUCUUCCACCGCAUCAUCAAGGAUUUCAUUGUGCAAGGUGGGGAUCCUACUGGAACCGGCAGAGGUGGCGAGUCCAUAUAUGGAGCAAAGUUUGAGGAUGAGAUAAAGUCAGAGUUGAAGCACACUGGAGCUGGAAUUCUGUCCAUGGCAAACGCUGGCCCAAAUACAAAUGGAAGCCAGUUCUUCAUAACUCUUGCGCCUUGUCAGUCACUUGAUGGGAAACAUACAAUUUUUGGGAGGGUAUGCAGAGGAAUGGAAAUUGUUAAGCGCCUUGGUAGUGUGCAGACUGACAAAAAUGACAGGCCUAUCCAUGAAGUGAAAAUCUUGCGAGCCAUCGUCAAAGAUUGAAGCAUUGCCCAGAUGUAACUCGAAUGUUGGUUUAGGCUUAGUAAUGGCCCCGUUCAUGUAAGUUGCGCCAUGUUAGUUGCGCGGACCUUUGGGAAAAGAUGAAAGAUACAGCUAGUUCCGGCCUGUAUGACUCUCAGUCCCUCCAUCCGCCUGACCUGAAAACCUACCUGAUGAGUAGAUUGUACCUUUUGAGCAAGGUGUUUGAAACAACUUAUACGUAUGCGUCUGUGGUUGAGUUUUUCUGCAUGGAGUAUGCUGCGGAAACAUUAUUAUUGUAGCAUGGGUUCACCCAAUAUUUGUCCUCGUUGAUGUGAUGGUCAGCCAGUUCAAAAACUAUCUAUAAACACUUAUGGUAUGAAGAUGGAAAACUGGUAUGGGAGAUGAAUUCUGGUUCAAAAA